GUGAGCUGCAGCGGUGCCGCGCCUCCUCCGGGCUGAGCAGAGCUGCAGAGCGCUGCGUCAGCGUGCUGCUCUCACUGCUGCCUGCCUCUGACCACACACACAGGUCUCCUCUCAGACUCCUCCUGGUUCUCCUCCCUCUGCUCCUCCUCUUCACUGUUUGGUUCUUCACCCCAGCGGCUCUCAUCUCCCUCCUCCCAGCUGUGAGCCUCGCGCAGUGGACCGAGGUCUCUGAAGCCCCGCCCAUCUUCUCCUCCCCCCCAGCAUCAGAGGAGGAGGAGGAGGUGAUGGAGGAGAAGGAGGUGAUGGAGGAGAAGGAGGUGAUGGAGGAGAAGGAGUUGAUGGAGGAGAAGGAGGUGAUGAUGAUGGAGAAGGAGGUGAUCAUGGAGGUGCAGCCGCUCCACAUCCGCCCGGCAACAGGAGCAGGAGAGCAGGAGGGGCUGCAGCGUCUGGAGCUCAGUGUGACUGCUCUGUGGGAGCGAGUCGAGACGGGGGGUGAGCAGGAGGAGCAGCGGCACAGGGAGGUGAUGAGACUUUACUCUGACCUCCAGCAGCUGAUCUCAGGUCAGAGGGGCGGGGCUCUGAGCGUCCUGAUGGAGCAGCAGCUGGAGAGCAUGAGGGCGGAGCUGAAGGAGCAGAGGAGCCAAUCACAGCAGGAGGUGUUGCAGCAGCAGAGGGAAACGUCUCGUGUGGAUCAGCUGGAGCUGCAGCUGCAGAGCCUGGCUGAACAAACAGAAGAGCUGCAGUGCAGACAGGAAGCUGCUGCUGCUGCAGGUUCUCCUUCCUCAACAACACUUCCUGUUUCUCUCAGUGGGGGGGUGGACCGUCACUCCCAUGAUGCAUUGCUGUCGGAGGUGACGCGGCUGCAUGAGGCUCUGCAGGAGGUGAGGAAGCAGGUGGAGGAUCUGUCGGAGCGUCAGGAGAACCAAGAACACCUGGAGAACAUCCAGCAGACGGUUUCAGAGUUGGUCUCCGCUCAGGUCCGGGAGGAGGUCCGGGUCCUUCUGUACGGGAACCAGCUGACUGUAGGGGGCGGGGCUUCAGGAGAUGACUCCGCCCCCCCGCAGCCCCUCCUCCAGUGGCUGCAGCAGCACUAUGUGAGCCAGGCCGACCUGCAGGGGGCGCUGUCCUCUGUGGAGACCAGAGUCCUGCAGGACAUCAGAGACCUGCAGGACAUCAGAGUCCUGCAGGACAUCAGCAGGGAGCAACUCGGAGAGGACGGACUGAACCAAGCUGGAACCACGGGGGGAAAAACCACCGUCACUAAGGAGGAGGUGCGUGAGAUGGUGCAGGACGCGCUGAGGAUCUUCUCUCAGGAUCGAACCGGCCGUGCAGACUACGCCCUGGAGUCCGGAGGGGGCAGCAUCCUCAGCUCCAGAUGCUCUCAGACCUACGAGACCAAGACGGCGCUGCUCAGUCUGUUCGGACUUCCUCUCUGGUUCUUCUCCCAGAGCCCCCGCGCAGUCAUACAGCCUGAUGUCCAGCCAGGUAACUGUUGGGCGUUCAGAGGCUCUUCAGGAGUCCUGGUGCUCCGCCUCUCGAUGAGUGUGUCCCCGUCGUCCUUCUCUCUGGAGCACGUCCCUAGAUCUCUGUCUCCCAGCGGGACGUCUAGCAGCGCCCCGAGGGACUUCAGGGUCUACGGUCUUCAGGACGAGGAGGAGGGGGAGGGGAAGCUGCUCGGCUCCUUCAGAUACGACCAGGACGGAGAGGCUCUGCAGACGUUCCCCGUCACCGAGCAGAACGGGUUCUGGUUCCAGGUGGUGGAGCUGCAGGUUCUCUCUAACUGGGGGAACCCGGAGUACACGUGUCUGUAUCGCUUCAGAGUCCAUGGCUCACCUGCUGACACACAGCAUUAAACAACAACAACAACAACAACAACAUCAACAUCAGGGGAACUGCCGAGUGUUUCCUGUGGAAAACACACUCAGUUUAAUGUACAUAUCGUUCAGAUUUCACCUGUUAGCGUCUUGUCUAAGCCCCGCCUCCUUUCACCUGUUAACGACUAAGCCCCGCCUCCUUUCACCUGUUAACGUCUCGUCUAAGCCCCGCCUCCUUUCACCUGUUGUCUUGUUUCAGCCCCCGCCUCCUUUCACCUGUUAACGUCUCGUCUAAACCCCGCCUCCUUUCACCUGUUGUCUUGUUUCAGCCCCGCCUCCUUUCACCUGUUAACGUCUCGUCUAAACCCCGCCUCCUUUCACCUGUUGUCUUGUUUCAGCCCCGCCUCCUUUCACCUGUUAACGUCUCGUCUAAACCCCGCCUCCUUUCACCUGUUGUCUUGUUUCAGCCCCGCCUCCUUUCACCUGUUAACGUCUCGUCUAAACCCCGCCUCCUUUCACCUGUUGUCUUUCAGCCCCGCCUCCUUUCACCUGUUAGCGUCUUGUCUAAGCCUCGCCUCCUUUCACCUGUUAACGACUAAGCCCCGCCUCCUUUCACCUGUUAACGUCUCGUCUAAACCCCGCCUCCUUUCACCUGUUGUCUUUCAGCCCCGCCUCCUUUCACCUGUUAGCGUCUUGUCUAAGCCCCGCCUCCUUUCACCUGUUAACGACUAAGCCCCGCCUCCUUUCACCUGUUGUCUUUCAGCCCCGCCUCC